AGGAAUUCAUCAAAGUUGAGCACGCCUUAUUUCAUCGAGUGAAAGCUACCUCCUGGGGUUCCAACUAAGCUCACUUUCUGUGUGAGUCGACAUCUGAGGAGUGGAUACAGAACACACCACUAAACCUCAGCUUCAUCUACAGAAUUUUCUACUUCCUGGGUUGGAUCACUGAGUCUGACAGGUAUGAUGGCCAGCGACCUCCAGAUGAACUCUGAACAAUUGAAGUCGAAGCCUCCUGCYAGAUGCAGGAGCCCCUUCAACAGCAUCAAGUUCUUCGUGCUAUGCCAUGGUAUGCUCCAGCUGGCCCAACUGUUGGUGUCUGGGUAUCUGAAGAGCUCCAUCUCCACUAUAGAGAGACGCUACGGCUUCUCCAGCCAGAAGUCUGGCAUCCUGGCCUCAUUCAAUGAGGUGGGGAACACGGUCCUGAUAGUGUUUGUGAGUUUCUUUGGUAGCCGUGUUCACCGGCCGCGGUUCAUCGGUGGAGGGGCACUGGUGGCCAGUCUGGCUGCUUUGAUGAUGGCCCUGCCUCAUUUCAUCAGUGGCCCCUACGAGUACACAGUCCACAUCAGCCAAUCCAAGGAUGACAACUCUGGUCUCUGCCAAUUAGAGAGCUCCUUCCAAACCCCCUUGUCCAAUCACAGCUGCACACAGCAGGAGAGUCAUGCUCAGCAGGGCGUAUUCCCACUCCUGCUCCUAGGACAGCUACUCCUGGGAAUCGGCGGAGUUCCCAUCCAACCCUUCGGAAUCUCCUACAUUGAUGACUAUGCCAGCAAGAGAAACUCUCCCUUCUACCUAGGUAUUCUCCUGGCUGUCACGUCUAUCGGUCCUGCAUUUGGUUUCAUGAUGGGCUCCUUCAUGCUGAGAUUUUAUGUCGACAUCGACAAGAUGUCCAAAGAUGAGAUAGGUCUGGAGAGAGGGGACCCUCGCUGGGUGGGAGCCUGGUGGUUGGGCUUUGUCGUGGCAGCCUCCUUCCUCUUUCUCACCUCCCUGCCCUACCUCUUCUUCCCCAAACAGAUGCCAAAAGAGGAAGCUGCAGGCGAUGCCAAAAAACCCAGAGCCGAGGAGAAAAAGAAACCGCUGCCAGACCCCGUCCAGGAGCUCACCCUCACACAGUUCCUCAAAAGUUUCCCCCGUAUCACCCUGCGGACCUUGCAGAACCCCAUCUACCUGUUGGUGGUGCUGGCACAGGUCCACCUGGCAGCUAUGAUAGCCGGCCUUGCCACCUUCAUGGCCAAGUUCAUAGAGCGCCAGUUUACCCAGACCGCCUCCUUCUCCAACAUGAUGAUCGGUGGGGUGAACAUCCCUCUGGCGGUGCUGGGCAUCGUGCUGGGCGGGGCUCUGAUGAGGAGGCUGAAUAUCUCUACUAGAGGCUCCGCCCUCAUCUGCACGUCAGCCAUCUUGAUGUGUAUACUCACCGCACUGCCUCUCCUCCUCCUCGGCUGCUCCACACAGAGGGUCACUGGCAUCUACCCCACCAAACAGAACAGGUCUUUGGAGUGUAGCUCUGGGUGCUCCUGUCCGACUGAGGACUUUAACCCAGUGUGUGGCUCAGACGGGGUGGAGUUCAGAUCRCCCUGUCAUGCAGGCUGCUUGACCAAAGUACUGGAUGACAACACCAGCAAAAUCCUGAAAUACACCGACUGUGGCUGCAUAGGGGUCAGCGGAUCCUAUGGUUAUGCGUUGCCAGGGACAUGCGGUAGUGACUGCAAACACCUCCUCCUGCCCUUCAUGGUUCUCUCUGCUCUCACCUGCUUCAUUGCAUCAUUCUCACAGACCCCAUCCUACAUGAUGAUACUGAGGACAGUGAGACCAGAGGAUAAGUCUUUUGCUGUGGGUGUUCAGUACAUGCUCUUCAGAGUGCUGGCGUUCCUGCCAGCCCCAGUCCUGUAUGGCACUGCCAUAGACACCACCUGUAUCAUCUGGGGGAAGAAGUGUGGGAGGAACACGUCCUGUCACUACUACAACAUGGACCUCUUCAGACAGAGGUUCCUGGGUCUGCAGGCAUUCUUUGUCACCGGAGCAUUUGUCUGCUUCCUGCUCUCCCUCCUGGUCCUGAGACAUAGAGCAGGAAAACAAGGCCAGCAGGCAGGACAGGGAUACACUAUGAUUGACAGAGAGCAGAGUCCAGACAAGAACACUGCCUCCAAUGAAUUGCAGAGUAUGGCAGCAUAAGAGAGGCCUGAUAGAGAAGGAGAAAAAGGAAGAAAGAAAGAACUGAAUUGCGAACUGAGUAGAAAGUCUAUUUCUAUCCCCCAGAGGGUCAUGAUGAAAACUACAGAAAUGAGAGGUGCUCCUUAGAAUUCUCUCUCAUUGAGAGUCCAUCUCUUACUGUGUGUGUCCUCCAUUUUGUCCAUGGGAGGACUUGUUACUUUCUCUUCCUGACCCGUUGGCCAAUGAGCAGUGCUUCGAAAGUGUUGGUGAAGCUACUCUGAAAAUAUAGGUUACCAAGCAGGCAAUUACUUCACACUGGAAGAAGUUAAGCUACACUAAAGCUACCCUUUAAAAAAMUAUAUCGUUUUAUUAAACUAAAGUUACUUUGAAAAAGGAGUUCACUAUAUCCAAACUACUUGGUGAAAAUGUAUAAAAAUAAAAAUUAUAUCUGAAAUGUCAUAGACUACCAAUUGCAAUAACGCAUCACUUUGCGGUAUCAACAGAAUGUGUAAUUUUGCCUAUUAAUCACAAAACCUAUGUAUCAAGUGAGAAUUAAGUAAUGUGUGGCUCAAUUGGCAGAGCAUGGUGCUUGCAAUGCCAGGGUUGGGGGUCUGAUUCCCAUGGGGGACCAGUACAAAAAUGAAUCCAUUCUGAAUAAGCGCGUCUGCUAAAUGRAAAAAAUUAAUUAGGCAGGUGUGAUGCAGAAAAAAUGAAAUGAUUGACUACACUAUGCAAAAAAGUAGGGUGGAGUUCCAGUAGUUAACUACACCCCUACAUGGCAAAAAGUAAUUAAGUGUGCAACUCUAGAUUUCUUACAUACUCAUAUUAUUAUUAUUUGAUUUCUUUAGCCCGCUCGAGCUUAAACGAUUUAACACGAAACCAACUUCCAAAUGCCCAGACUGCCCCAACUGGGGUUGCUUGAGAAAAAUAUUUUUGAUAACAUUUAUACUUUUUGAACCAUAUCAAUAUUUAAAUGAGCUCCCAAUGCAUUUCAAUGGAAAAAAAGGGUCACAGACUUCAAUUGUAAAAAAAUAAAAAAAUAAAAAAAUAAAAAAGAGAUUCUAGAGCAAUCUCUAUUAAGCUAUUAACACCAAACCAACUUAGAUUUCUUGUCAAAGGAUUUUCUUAUACUAUGUAUACUUUUUUAACUAUAACGAUCUUAAAUGUGCAUAAAUUAACAUAAGUUUAAAUGAGAACCAUAGGAAUAUAAGGGUAGCUUAUCAAAAUGGACCAGUUCCUUGGCCAGUUAAGCUAAGCUACAAGACCAACUUUAAAACAUUCAGGCUAUACCUACUUCAAAUUCUUUAAAAUCUGUAUUAACUAUAACUACAUGAAUGUGUCCUACAUUUGCAUAAAUUAAAUCACCAACAGCAACUCAUAGACCAUUCAAACUACAGACACCAAACCAACUUUCACAUGUUCAGGCUAUCAUAACUUCCAAUUCUUAAAAACACGUAUUAACUAGAACUAUUCAAAUUUGCAUAAAAUACCUCACCAACAGUAACUCUUGAACCAUUCAAGCUAGAGACACCAAACCAACUGCCACAUGUUCAGGCUAACCUAUACCUUUCUAGUUACCUACUAAAAAUACUACCAUAUUUUAAUUUAGUUCAAGUAACACCAAGCUACUGCAAAAUGUAUUUAAAUUACUGCUUGAACUACAUAGUUCCCUACUCCCAAAACUGUGCUUAGAGAAAGUACACUAUUACUGCGCCCAAACUGACUGUAAUAAUGUGUACAGCAAGUGCUGUAUCUGAGCCAUGGCACUUUUACUAUAGCAUGUCAUUCUCUGGGACCAGUCUGAGUGGUUCCCUAUCCACUGAAACAGGGUCAGAUCUUUUUCUAUACCUCUUAUGGUUAAGGUUAGGACUUGGGGAGUAUAAGCUGAUCCUAGACCUCUAGAGGAUAAUCUCUACCUAUAGUGAGUAUUGCAGGAGACACCUGAUCUAUGAACUGUAGAUCAGCGUUAUCAGACCAAAGAGAGCAUUAGAUAACCACACUUACCAAGCCAAUGGUCUUCAGAUGUUGGUUGUUUUUAUACCAUUUUUAUAUACCAUAUAUUUUUCUACAGAUUAAAAAAAAAAAAAUUGUCCUUUGUAAACAAUAUAAAGUGGUGAACGUAUACUUUCAAAGAAAAGUAUCAUUAUAGAUUGAGGAGGUGCCUUACAUAUAAACAACUCCAAUAAUAUAUCAUGCUUAUAAUCUUAUCCUGUGAAGAAAAAAAUGUAAAUAUUUUCACUACAUUAUAUAAAGUGGAAUUUAUAUUUGAUGGACAAUUCCACACAAGGCAUCUGUUUCUCCAUUGCUCUUGUCAUGUAAUGAGUUAUGGUAGGCAAGCAUUGUGAGUUCAAAUGCCCUUUCCAAACAGGGAAGAAAUCAUGCAUGUAAUGAACUAAUGUGAACCCAUGUGACAUGGAAGAGGGCAUUGCUCUCCAAGGGGAGCGAGAGGCGGGAGUUGUUGUGAAACCUGAGCYAAGCAUUUAUAACUGCCAUCCUGAGUGAUGAUACACAAGGUUAAUAAACUUUAUCAGCAGA